GGAAGGCGGUCUGUUGAGGCAGAAAGCGCGAGGUCCCAAAUUCAUCGAAUCUCAUCUCCGUCCGGACGACAUUCGAGAGUGACAGCCACAGCUUAAUCCCCAGCUCCUCAACCGCCACCAUGGCUCCGCACCACGAAGAGCACUACCACCCCAAGGAUGCGAUCGCGGCAUCGAUGAAGACCACUAUGCUCACUGGUGGAGCGGGUCUUUUCGCCUCGGCCGUCCAGAACACCCUCACCAGACAGAACGUCGGCCCGCUGGGCGUGUUCAUCCGGAGCGGUGGCACCGUCGGUAUCUUCGCCGCCAUGGGAGGUACCUACGAAUUCGUGAAGACCGCAUCCGCCAACCUCCGUGAGAAGGAAGACCACUGGAACGUCGCUCUGGGAGGUUUCUUCUCCGGCGCCAUCCUGGGUCUCCGAGCUCGCACAUUCCCCGCCCUCCUGGGCUACGGCGUCGCUCUGGCCACGGCCACGGGCGCUUUCGAAUACACCGGUGGAUCGUUGUUCGGCCACAAGAAGAACACCGAUAUCGACGAGUUUGAGCGUCGGGAACAGCUCCGGAAGACAUACAGAAUCCCCGCAGAGCAGACUCUUGCCGAAUUGGGCGAGGGCCGAGGUAUCUAUGGCCCCGGAUACGCCGAGAGACGGGCGGAGAGAAUCAAGGAGGCAUACGGUAUCGAGGUUCCCACAACGGCUCCGGCAUCAUGAACAUGGUUUUGUUAGAUAUCUCUCCUGCGCAGUCCCUCAAUUCUCAGUCUCGUUGUGUAAAACUACUACUACAUCUUUUCUUAUUUCUGUCGAUGCCGUUCAGCUAGCCGACAUGGCACCUCCACCAAUGAAGAUUCCAUUUUCUGUUCUACGUGAAGAAGUACCGGCUACAAUUCCCGAAAAUAGAUACAGCACACCCAGCUAGUACCUCUACAUAGCAUCAAUGCAUGAUCUGUUCACCGAGAGCAGCCAAGCUGUGAGAGGCGAGGGGUAAGCAAAACAUAGCAUAGCAUAGCUCAGCAGAGACAGAUCAGGUGCCCGG